AUGCUUUCACUUUCAUUUGGCGUACGGUAUAACUCAAGGAGAGAAACCGAGAGUACCAAGAUCGAGAGGAAAAUAAACAUUGAGAAAUCAAGUAGUCAUACUAAAGAUAUCAUCAAUAGGUUUAAAAUCAUCCCAAUCCACGCUGGCUGUUCCAAAAAGAUUACACAACUCAAAAAACACAAAAUUCCCAGGUAUGACACAGCUAAGGUCACACCAGAACAUGCCAUAACGAGCAAAGAAAAGCCCAUCGACAAUAUUAUAACUCUGGCGCAUAUCCAGAACUUUUUUACAAACAGUGUGAGACAAGACCCAUCGCUGUUAUCAAUAGAAUGGGAUGCUUCUCAAUCAUAUAAACUGACUGAAAAAACCAAUCAUAUACUGGAAGGUUCCCCAAACCUAUUAAAGCUCUGGAUGCUACCAAAAUAUAUAAUAAAAUGGGAUGUUAAACGACGUGAAUGUGCUCGCAAAGCAGAACGCGAGGGCCACUACUCGCAACCACAGCCACCGGACUACGCAACCUCUGUUGCAAAGUGGUUCAACCCACUAAAAACAAACACACCAGGUAAAACAGACGGUCGUUACAUGUGUUUGUAUGAGCUACAGAGUAGCGCCCAAAGCGGUACAUCAAAUGCGCCGCAAAAGGCAUCCUCUCAACAAGCGGAAACUGGUAAGCAAUAUACCAACGACAACUUGGUGAGAGGCGUGACCCUGGCAUUGGCGUGCGACAAACUCCCGGGGUGGGCCACUUUGGCACCCCGAAAGCCCAGUGUAAACCGGCUUAUCACGCCUAGUAAACACCGGAGUCGCGAAGUCCCGACACCUUAUAAAAACAAGCCUUACUUAAGCUCAACCAAAGUGGCCGAGUGCCAACCAACAAGUCCGGGUCCCGAACAUCAGCAUGGCGACCUAACCAAGUCCAAAACGAUUUUAGGGCACAUAACCCCGCCGUUUGAAAAGGCUGCACUGUUUGUCAUAACUUACAACCCUCUGGGUUUUUACCCAGGUGGAACCGCUCACUGUCUUGUUAACGGUCAUGCUUCGUCGCUGCCUAAAACACAAAUGUGUCGACCAACGCACGACUCCCUGGGUAGAAACCCGCCCCCAGUCCUGACACACCGACGAGUAACUUAUGACGGUGUGUCAGAGACGGUGGCACAAUUUGACACCCAGGUGACCCGAGUAGUCAAUGAGUAA